AUGGCAUCUCCAACACCCUCACUCAAGCAGCCAACCGCCAUGGAAAAGCGCGAAGAAUCCCCAUCACUCGAGUCGCAAGACAUCGAGUUCCGAUAUCUCGAGCUCGAAACACCUCUACCAACACCAUGCAUCACUCUACCACCGGGCCCAAACCAAUCGCAACCACCAGAAGCGCCCAGUCUGGAAAAAUACACGUCGCCGUUCCUGUGGCCGAAAUGGCGCAAGUCGAUGAUGACUUAUAUUGCUUGCGCGGUGACGGCGCUGGCCGGUUAUGCGGCUGGUGAGGUUAGUCCUGCUUCGGAGGAGCUGUCUGAACAGUGGGGGAUUAGUCCUGUGGUGUAUAAUUUGAGUAUCACGCUUUUCUGCUGUGGGUUUGCUUUGGCGCCGAUGGUUUUGGCGCCUUUUUCGGAGAUUAAUGGGAGGAGGCCGAUCUUUAUUGCCAGUGGUAUUCUCUUUGUUGCUUCUUUGGUUGGCUGUGGAGGGACGUCGUCCUUUGCUGGAUUACUUGUUGCUCGUUUCUUCCAAGGUGUCGGUGGAUCAACCUUCUCCACAAUGGUCGGCGGCGUGAUCAGCGAUAUCUACCAUGCCCACGAGCGCAACACGCCCAUGGCCCUCUUCUCAGCAUCUGCACUAUUCGGCACUGGUCUGGCACCACUGAUCUCCGGUGUGAUCGUCACGCACACGACAUGGCGCUGGGUGUUCUACUCGCACGCUAUCGUCUCCGCCGCAUUUGUCGCUAUCAUCUACAUCUUCUUCAAAGAGACCCGCGGCAGUGUCCUGCUAAGCCGAAAGGCCGCAAAGCUAAACGAGUACUACGAGCAGCUCGAAGCAGCCGGUCACCACGGCGUCAUCCUCACAAGUGAAGACCAAGAGAAAUAUGUCCGCCGAAUUCGAUGGAAGGUCCAGAGUGACGAGCAACGAGCAUCGAUUCUAACCAUGAUCCAGAUCUCGCUGUAUAGACCAUUCCACAUGCUCCUCACCGAACCAGUCGUCUUCUUCUUCUCCCUCUGGGUCUCCUUCAGCUGGGCCGUCCUCUACCUCCAAUUCAGCUCAAUCCCACUAGUCUUCCGCACAAACCACAACUUCACCAUUGAACAAACAGGCGCCGUCUUCACCGCCAUGUGCGUCGGCGUCGUCCUCAUCACGAUCAUAAGCAUCUACCAAGAACGCAUCGCCAUGCGUUUCGGCAAACACUCCUCCGCCGCCGAGGGCCGCCUCUACUUCGUCUGUGUCGAGUCCGUGCUGCUGCCCAUAGGCCUGUUCUGGUUUGGUUGGACUUCUUUCCCUUCUGUGCCUUGGAUCGUGCCUGCUAUGGCCGUCGGAUGUGCCACUAUGGGUAUCUUUUCUAUUUACCUGGCUACUUUCAAUUACCUCGCGGAUACUUACCAUCGCUAUGCGAGUUCUGCUAUUGCGGCGCAGUCUUGCUGCCGUAAUCUGCUCGGUGGUGUCUUUCCGUUGGUUACCAAUGCCAUGUUCACUAACCUCGGGUACCCUGAAGCGUCGAGUCUGCUGGGUGGACUUGGUGCUGUUUUGACUCUGGUCCCGUGGGUGCUGGCCUUGUAUGGGCCUCAGAUUCGAGCCAGGAGUAAGCUCGCAAGUGAGCUGGCACGAUGA